CUGUUGUCGCGUCUGGCGACGGGAGAUAGGCAGUGCCGACCGAGCCAUGGCUGCCACCACAGUCUCGGAUGUCCCCGAUGUUGUCAGCAAGACCAUUUCUCGUGUUGCGGAGGCCGAAGGUUUCAAGAAGCCGAGUUUUCAGGUAGACCCUGGCUCAAAUCCAGGGGAUGGAUACACCAGCCUUCUGUACCGAGUCACCAUCCGGGAAGAGAACAAUGCAGGUUGCUGCUUACCACCUCGUUCGGGAAAAAGAGAUGAUCUGGUCCUCAUGGUUAAAGUACCCCACCCAGGAACCGCAAACGCCUUCCUGGCACAGACGUUCGUCGCAGAGAGCACCAUGUACAAAUCCAUAAUACCUGCCAUGGAAGGAACUGGUGGCAUCGAAGGAUCACUCCCUUGGCCAAGGUGUUUCUUCGCGUCCUCGAACGGGGCGGAGACGGCGUUGGUGUUUGAGGACCUCCGACUGAAAGGGUUCGGCAUGAAGGACCGGCGCGUGGCCAUGGACGCUGCCCACUGCCGCCUGGCGCUGUCCCAGAUGGCCAAAUUCCACGGCGCGGGCAUCGCUCUGCAGCACCUCAAGCCGGACACGUUCAAGACGCUGGCGGACAAGCUGGGGAACCCUUUCAGCAGCCCCGAAGUGCAGGCCAUGUUCUCGCAAAUGUCGGAAAUGGUGGCUCAAACAGUUGCGAUUGUCGCGGAGAAAUACCCAGAGGGCACUGUCGUAUACACGAAACUGCUGCAAAUGCUUCAGUCCUACGGAGCCGAAAACAUGAAAAUGUUGGCGGCCACCCCUGAGCCAGCACCAGGCAUUGCGAUCGUGCACGGCGACUGCCAUGUCAACAACUUCAUGUUCAGCUAUGACCAGACCUCCGGUGACGUGACGGCGUGCCAGCUCAUCGACUUCCAGAUGUCGCGUGCCGGCCCGACCGCCUUGGACCUGGCGUCCCUCCUGCUGCCUUGCACGGAGAAGGCGAUGCGGGACGAGCAUUGGGAGGACCUGCUUCGCGGCUACCACGCGGAGCUGCAGAGUGUGCUCAGGACGGCAGGAUGCAAGGACCCCGACGCGGUGUACUCGUGGACGCAUCUUAUGGAUUGUCUGAAGAAGGUUGCGCCGCAUGGUUUCAUGAUCGCACCAGUGUUGCUGCACGCUCAGUUUGCGGACAAGGAAGCUGCCGAUGAGCUCCGCGAUGCGCUGCAGGACUUGGGCAAGGAAGACGCCCCCCUGCGUCCUUCAACAUCCGAAGCACCGAUGAGCUGAAGCGAAGACUCGUUGACAUCGUGGACAGCUGGUGGAGUGGGACUGGUUUGUAACGCGUUCUGUGUUCGCGAAUCCUUCCUGAGUUCAUGUCUUUAUUGGGUUGUUGUUGUGGGGACACAUUCGUCCCUCAACCACCGAUAUUCAUCGAAUGUGAGGUGCGAGACAUCACGGUUUAGAGUGCACACGAACUUUUCGUACAAAUUUGUUCGUAAUUUUGCGCAAAAUGGGGAAAUGCACAUGUGUGCAAUUUUCGUACAAAAAUGGUACAAAAAUAUUAUCAGCAGAA